UGAAAGUACAUAUAUGCUGUCGUAAUAGACCCUUUCCUCAAAUGGUCGAAGAGUAGCAUCAUCAGUCAGUGAUAGUGAGUCCAUUUCAUCCCCUUCACCAAAUCCCCAAAAACCCUAACCCUAAACCCCUUUCAAUGGAAGAUUUCAACCACCACCUCUCCGCCCUCUCCGCCUCCCUCCAAUCCAUCCCCACCUCCGACUCCUUCCGUUUCCACUACAACCUCCCCGAAUUCCGUCACCUCAUCGACCAACUCACCCAAAAAUCCCAAUCCAUGCUCAACCAAAUCGGCUCUUCCGACCACAUUUGGGGCCAUAACUCCUCCUUCCCCGUCGACGUCGACGACGGUUACGAAUGGAUGGUUAAUGCAAACGACGACGUUCUGGAACUCGUCGACGAAGUAGUCGACGAGUUUCAUAGGGUUCUUAUGGAGCAAGAUAUGGAAAAAGGGGAAGAUGGGUUUUUUAAGAUUAAGAAAGAGAGGAAAGGGUUGAUUCUUUGGGGUGAUGAUCAUGGGAAUGAAACCAAGAAGAAAGUUUCGUUUCAUGUUCAUACUCUUAGGAAACCUCAGUAUCAUUAUAAUCUUGCUGUUGAUAAUUCCAAUCAGCCUUUUGAACAUGUUUGGUUGGAGAAGGAGAAGACUGAAGAUGGUGAAAGGUUUAUACAUCCUUUGGAGUAUUACUCUGUUUUAGAUUUUGUUGAUAAAAAUAGUAUCGAGAGUCUUGUACCAGUAAAGCCUCCCCCGCUAGAAUUCACACCUUUCAAGCUUGUGGAGGAUGUCAAAGGGUUGAAGGAGUUGGCUGCUAAGCUGAGCUUGGUUGAUGAAUUUGCGGUGGAUUUGGAACAUAAUCAAUAUCGGUCUUUUCAAGGUUUGACUUGCUUGAUGCAAAUAUCAACUCGGACUGAAGAUUUUAUCGUCGAUACUCUGAAACUCCGUGAUCAUGUCGGGAAACACCUGCGGGAUGUUUUCAUGGACCCUACCAAGAAAAAGGUCUUGCAUGGUGCAGAUCGAGACAUUGUGUGGUUGCAACGGGACUUUGGCAUUUACAUCUGUAAUAUGUUUGACACUGGCCAGGCUUCAAGAGUGUUAAAAAUGGAGAGAUAUAGUUUGCAACAUCUUUUGCAACACUUUUGUGGGGUUACUGCAAACAAAGAGUACCAGAAUGCAGACUGGAGAGCACGCCCUCUUCCUGAUGUGAUGAUAAAGUAUGGAAGAGAAGAUACACACUAUCUGCUUUAUAUAUAUGAUUUGAUGAGGAUCAAGCUAUUUGAACUGUCUAAGGAGUCUGAAAGUCCAGAUGAUCCUCUGUUGGAGGUUUACCAGCGGAGUUAUAAUGUCUGCAUGCAGCUGUAUGAGAAAGAUCUUUUGACAGAAAACUCCUUCCUUAAUAUAAAGGGAUUGCGAGGGGCUGGUUUUAACGGUCAGCAGCUUGCUGUUGUUUCAGGGCUUUAUGAAUGGCGUGAUGUUCUUGCGCGGGCAGAGGAUGAGAGUACUGGGUAUAUAUUGCCAAAUAAAGUUAUUCUUUUAAUUGCUAAGCAUAUGCCCGUCACUGCAAGCAAUCUACGGCGAUUAAUAGCAGAGAGGUCAAGACUACCAUAUGUUGAGCGCAAUCAUGAUAUCGUUGUUAACAUUGUCAGACAUUCUAUGGGAAAGGCUGCUGCGUUUGAAGAAGCUGCACUUCGUUUGAAAGAAGAGCAUGCUGCCUUUGUAGAAGCUGCUGCACUUCGUUUGAAAGAAGAACAUGCUGCGAGUGUGUCAAAUGUAGCAUCUGUUGAGGAUGGAACUGAAGCUCCCCAAUCUCCUUCCUUGAGCUUAAAGGAUGAAUGUGCAGCAAAUGGAAGCAUUGGAAUUGAAAAUGCCACCUGUGUUAAUAUCUCUGAGAAGUCGUUGUUUUCUUCUGACCCUAAUUCCUCUGCAGUGAAGGAAAAUGGAACAAAUGUUCAGGCGCUAAAAAUGCCUACUGUUGCUUGCGAUGCAACGCUGCUGGGAAAUUCAACUUCAGAAGGGAAUGGUUAUCCUGACAAAAAGGGAAAGAAAAAGAUCAAGGUAGAACAGAAUGUAUCAUCAAUCAAUCUUCCAAGCCAUUCAUUUUUGGGCAAUAAUGAGAAGUCAAAACUAGCUGUAAGUGUAGCUUCAGUUUCCACAUCUACCCUGGAUGCAAACAUGACAGUAGACUUGGAUUCAGACUCGGAGGAUAUGAUGCAGAGUAACCUAUGAAUCUGCAACCAUCUGUUAGGAAAAAUGAUUUUUUGUCCACUUCAGUAAAAGGAAAAUGAAGUUUAGCCCAUGCCUUUCAGAAUCGUCAUCAAGAGUUGAAAGAUGCUUUCAGUCAAACAAUCAGAACAACAAAACCGACAGAUAUAUUAGGCUAUCGAAGAUGUUUGAUUUUGAAGUGACGGUAGCUUUGGAGAAGAUGUAGAAAAUGCUUCUUCCCAGGGUUGUUUUCUGCAGCUACAUGACUCGGUAAGAGAAGCUCAACUCUAAACGUGGGGAACAUCAGUGAUUUCACAAUAAUUGCAGCAAGCUAGAUGAUGACAGGCAUUUGCAGCUUUUGGAAAUUGAAGUGGAACCUUCUAUUAGUUGACUGAAAAUAUGUAAGAUUAUAUGCUAUGUAGUAUGUACAAAUGUACAAAUAUAUUAUUAGAUUAUAUGCUAUAUGUAGUACUGUCCUUGAAUCCAAGUUGGGCGAAAUGAGGAUCCGCUGCUCCUUUAGCUCGUCAAAUCUUUUGAUCAAAAUUUUGCUUAA